AUGGAGUUUCGCUCGCCAAGCGAGCGACCGCCACCCGUGCGCCACCGGCGCCACACCAGCUUGAGCCGUGCGACGCUCGGCCCAGCCUCCCUCGACGAGCUACGCGCCUUUGAAGAACUUCAUGUACGGGCUACUCGUAUGCUGGGCGAAUGGCUCCGUCAACGACCCAACACCACCGCUGGUCCACGCGUGGUUCCCUCACGGCCCGAGGACGCCCCACGAGACCCCACGACACCAUCAGCCCCCGAAGUGCCCUUGGUGCCUCCCGCGGACGGCUCUCCAGCAAGCGAGGAGCCCCACGUUUCGGUCCCGCUGCCUUCCUCUGACGACGAGGAUAUGGACUUGACCAGCUCCCGAAAACGCGCUCGCGAAACGGAGAGCGACGACGAUGAGGACGCCAUGCGUCGACAGCAGCCGCUGAGGGCCCGGAGCCCCUGCGGUUACCCUGCGGAAAGCGCGGGCGCCAUCUCUCGGCACCCCGCCGAGUUAGACGCCGCCUCCUUCGAGCUCCCUCCGAGCGAGGGCGCGCCCGACUCCUCCCUCGGAGCGUCGUCUGCUCCGGAGGGCGGCGCGCGCCCGGCAGCGUCGUCUGCUAGCGAGCCAGCUGGGAACCAAAGCGCCACCGACGCUAUGGAGCUGGCGGACGAAGCUCCCGCUGGUGCCUCACAGCAGAACCGCGAACACCCGGCGGCGCAAUUCCUCAAGGGCCCGCCACGCCAGCCUGCCUCGCGGCCGAAGCCCAAGGGGAAGAACCAGCAGCGCAAGCACAGGAAAGAACCUGCUGCUGUAUCACCUUCGCCAGCUGUUCCUGCGGGCGACUCGCUGCGCUCACCGGCCACUCCCAACAUGCCUGUGGCGGCACUGCAGAGUGCGGCGCCACCUGCCCGCCAGCUGAACGCAGACGGCUUCACCCUGGUGCGGUCGAGGGGCGAUCGGCGGCGUGCCCAGGCACUCGAGACUGUAGCGAUCCCGGUGGACCCUGCGGUCAUCGGUACGGUGCUUUUCCGUCCCUCGGCGCCCGGCGGAGCCUUCAAGGGAGCCCCGCGCCUCGAACUCGCGGCGACCCUCUCAUCGCGGGCUGGUGUUGCUGCGGUGCGCGUCAACCACAGGCGCAGCAUCGUGGCCGCGGACACCACCACCCGGGAGUGCCAGGAGGAGCUGCUGGCGAUUACCGAGCUUCGUGGAAUCUCGGUGACUGCCAGACUGCCGGCCGUGCGCGGCCAGAGCACCGGGUACCUGCACGGGGUGGACGGGUUACCUGCGGAUGCUGACCUGCUGGGAGCCAUGGUGUCGAGCGUUCCUGUGCUGUCGGCGACGCGCGACGGGAGCACCGUGACCAUCCGGUUCGCGGGACCGGUUCCCCCAGAACGCCUGAGCCUUUUCAAGCUUGGCUUCAGGGUGAGGCCGGCCAGGCACCGCCCGGUGCAGUGCCGCCAGUGCGGCCGCUUCAGGCACGUGCUGGAAUCCUGCAGCUGGCCGUCCGACUGCAUUUCCUGCGGCAAGAGCCAUGCGAAGGGCGCCUCCUGCCAGAUGGUUCGCUGCAGGAACUGCGGCGGCCCCCACAGGGCCGACACUCCCGCCUGCCCCAAAUGGCAAGAAGAACGCCAGGUGGCCACCAUUAUGGCUUCAUCCACCGCAGCACUAUCGAGGCGUGCCGUCCGGGAGGAGCAGCAGCCAUCAACCUCGGCGCGGUCGUAUGCGAGCGCGCUGAAGGGCCCCAGUCCCGCUCCCAAGCGUCCAGUACCAGCCCCUCGAGCCCCCCGCCGCCAGGAGACACAGAAUCCUGCCCCCCCCUGGCCAGACUACAGUGGAUCAGCUGGUAGCAAACCUGCUGGUCACCAUGCAAGCAGUCGGCGCCAUGCUACCAGCUGA